UCUGUAGUAUCCCUCUUGCGAGGGAAAAGUCAUUUACAAUUUUACCCCUAUCUUCCCAACUUGGGAGUUGAAAGCAUUCGCAGCUAAGUCAUGUUAUUUAUAAAGACAUGGUUCUUCUGGUUCUUCUCUAUCCCUCUCUCCACCAACCCCAUUUCACGGUUUGUCCCUAACGGCCGACAGACAUAAAUGAAUUUCUGUUAGGGACAACCCUCCUCCACCUAACGGUGACUCCAUCAACACGCCGGUUUCCUAGCUGCUCGAUGGGAAUUCGGGUGGGGUGUUUUCCAAAGUUUGAGUGGAUUCCACUGCACAUUCCUCCACCUCGGAAAGGCAUAACUGGCCCGGCGUGUCACCUCGGCAAGGACGCAGCUGUGUGGGAGUAGAAGAACAUCAUGCUGUUGACAUUGACCUGUACCACUGUCCCAACUGUGCAGUUUUACAUGGUUCCUCCUUGAUGAAAAAGAGGAGAAACUGGCACAGGCACGACUACACAGAAAUUGAUGAUGGUUCCAAACCAGUGCAAGCUGGAACUAGAACUUUUGUUAAGGAAUUACGUUCUCGAGUCUUCCCAAGUGCCGAUGAAAUCAUUGUAAAGAUGCAUGGCAGCCAGCUGACACAAAGAUAUCUAGAGAAACAUGGAUUUGAUGUCCCUAUUAUGGUCCCUAAAUUAGAUGAUCUGGGGCUUAGGCUACCUUCACCUACUUUUUCUGUGAUGGAUGUGGAACACUAUGUAGGUGGUGACAAAGUGAUAGAUGUCAUUGAUGUGGCGAGGCAGGCAGACAGCAAAAUGACACUUCACAAUUAUGUUAAAUACUUCAUGAAUCCUAACAGACCAAAAGUGUUAAAUGUGAUCAGCCUUGAAUUUUCGGAUACAAAGAUGUCUGAAUUGGUGGAGGUCCCUGAUAUAGCCAAAAAACUUUCUUGGGUGGAAAAUUAUUGGCCAGAUGAUUCAGUCUUUCCCAAGCCAUUUGUCCAGAAAUACUGCUUAAUGGGCGUUCAAGACAGCUACACAGAUUUCCACAUUGACUUCGGUGGAACUUCAGUCUGGUACCAUGUCCUCUGGGGUGAGAAGAUUUUUUAUUUGAUAAAGCCAACAGAUGAAAAUUUGGCACUCUAUGAAUCUUGGAGUUCAUCUGUGACCCAGAGUGAGGUGUUCUUUGGAGAUAAGGUGGAUAAAUGCUACAAAUGUGUGGUAAAGCAGGGACAUACCUUAUUUGUUCCUACAGGGUGGAUUCAUGCUGUGCUCACUUCUCAGGACUGUAUGGCUUUUGGGGGGAACUUUCUGCACAACCUUAACAUUGGCAUGCAGCUCAGGUGUUAUGAGAUGGAGAAAAGGCUAAAAACACCAGAUCUUUUCAAAUUCCCUUUCUUCGAAGCCAUAUGUUGGUUUGUAGCCAAAAACUUGCUGGAAACCCUGAAAGAACUGAGAGAAGAUGGUUUCCAGCCUCAAACUUACCUGGUACAGGGAGUGAAAGCACUGCAUACUGCUUUAAAAUUAUGGAUGAAAAAAGAACUUGUAUCUGAACAUGCCUUUGAAAUUCCAGACAAUGUUAGACCUGGACAUCUUAUUAAAGAACUUUCUAAAGUAAUUCGAGCAAUAGAGGAGGAAAAUGGCAAACCAGUUAAAACUCAGGGAAUUCCUACUGUGUGUCCAGUUUCACGAUCCUCAAAUGAAGCAACUUCCCCCUACCAUUCCCGACGAAAGAUGAGGAAACUUCGAGAUCAUAAUGUCCGAACUCCUUCUAACCUAGACAUCCUAGAGCUCCACACCAGGGAGGUCCUCAAAAGAUUAGAGAUGUGUCCAUGGGAAGAGGACAUCUUGAGCUCUAAACUGAAUGGAAAAUUCAACAAACAUCUCCAGCCAUCUUCCACGGUACCUGAAUGGAGAGCAAAAGAUAAUGAUCUACGAUUACUGCUGACAAAUGGAAGAAUAAUCAAAGAUGAGAGACAGCCCUUCACAGAUCAGACUCUUUAUACAGCAGAUAGUGAAAACGAAGAGGAUAAAAGAAGGACAAAAAAGACAAAAAUGAAGAUAGAAGAGAGUUCAGGAAUAGAGGGAGUGGAAAAUGAGACAUCUCAAAAACCACUUAACAGGUUUUUUACACAUGUGAAAUCAGAACUCAGGAAUAAAUCAUCAGGAUAUUCCGAUAUUUCUGAGUCAGAAGACUCUGGACCUGAGUGCACUGCACUGAAAAAUAAUUUUACCACUGAAGAGUCUGAAAGUUCAGGUGAUGAAAAGAAACAAGAAAUAACAUCAAACUUUAAGGAAGAAUCUAAUGUAAUGAAAAACUUCCUUCAAAAGAGCCAGAAGCCAUCUAGAAGUGAAAUUCCAGUUAAAAGGGAAUGUCCUACCUCGACGAGCACAGAGGAAGAAGCUAUUCAGGGCAUGCUGUCUAUGGCAGGGUUGCACUAUUCCACAUGUUUACAAAGGCAAAUACAAAGCACAGACUGCAGCGGUGAGAGAAACUCUCACCAGGAUCACAGCAGCUGCCACAGCAGUAACCAUGAGGUUAGGCAGUUGUAUCGCUAUGCUAAACCAGUGGAAUGUGGGUACCAUGUCAAGACUGAAGAUCAAGACUUGAGGACUUCUUCCUGGAUUAAACAAUUUGAUACUUCCAGAUUUAAUCCUCAGGACCUAAGUAGAAGCCAGAAAUGCAUCAAAAAGGAAGGUUCAUCAGAAACCAGUCAGAAGGUACAAAGUAGGAAUUAUGUGGACAGCAGUGGCUCAGGCCUUCAGAACGGAAAGUACAUGCAGAAUUCAAGCUUGAUUUCAGGGGCAUGCCAGAUAAGUAAUGGCAGUCUAAGCCCAGAAAGGCCAGUUGGUGAAACUUCCUUCUCAGUGCCCCUUCACCCCACCAAGAGACCUGCAUCAAAUCCACCACCUAUCAGCAACCAGGCAACAAAAGGUAAACGCCCAAAAAAAGGAAUGGCAACAGCUAAACAACGUCUUGGGAAGAUCCUUAAGUUGAACAGAAAUGGCCAUGCACGUUUCUUUGUGUGACAGAGCUGCUGUUGCAGCCGCUUUUUCCUUUGGAGACCAGUCUCGGGGGUGCAGGAGCCUGGAGCUUGCACCAUCCCCCUGCCUGGAGCAAUUUGUGUGUAUAGUAAGAACACUGCCCGAAGAACAGAAUGAACCUGAUGCUGCAUUUUCACUGUGCCACACCCACUCAGCAAUAACCAGUUUGGACCUGGUGGGGGAGAGGAAGAAGGAGGGUAGAACCUUAAAAAGAGACCUUGAACUGGAAAGGGUCUCUUGUCAGGGCUUGAAUUUCAUUUUGUUGUUGGUAGUGUCUUGAUUUAUUUUCAGUGGUAGGAUAAAGAAUUAUCAAUAAUUUAUUUAACAGAUUUUUUUUUUAAAGUUAACAGCUUAUAAAUCUUUCUUUUUUAAAGCUAUUUAUUUGGAAGAUUUCUGGAGAAAUAUCUCACUAAUUUAGAUUUAAGAAUGUGAAGGUUUUUAAAUUAUUUUUGAUAGUGUGUGUGUUAUAUGUGGGGAAGAGCCACAGUAACAGUAACUAGUCUGGACUCUUAAAUUUGAUAUUCAGGUUAAAGUCUUAAACAGGGAUUUGAUGCAUUAAUUAUUUUAAAUUAAGAUGUAUAUGAAAAUCAUUUUAUUUUAUAUAUUUCAUGUGUUUUUUAUAAGCUAUUAGCUUCGCUUUUGCUAACAUCCAAGGUGCAUACUGUUAUCCAGGUUAAUUACCUUUUAUCCCACCUUCCCUCUGAACUCCCCAUCAUUUUGUGAUGACCCAACAAGACUCUUCUCUUUGCAGGGAAACACUUUCAUAGCCAAUGUGUAAGAACUCCAUAAAAAAUCCCUCAUUUCUCAUUUCGUUUCACAUUGUGAUUUUCUUCUAAAUAUAAAAAAAUAGGCUUCUUGCAUUUUCA